AUGGGCGAGCCAAUGGCGCUGUCAGCGUCUGACGUCGUGCUUGCAGAGGGGACACCAGAGCAGCGGCAGCUGGCCUGGCAGCUCAACGGGGUUUCGUGGGCACCGCCAAUGCCGAUUGACACGUAUGUCGCGCGCGAGGAGCAGCUCUCUCAACACGAGCUCUGCAGGGACGGGCGGUGCAAGUACUGGGUCAUCUACCUCAAAGGCUACCCGCGGCAGAUCAUCGCCAGCUGCGAGACGACGCGCAAGACGGUUCUCAUCGCCAGGGACGGGGUCUCGAGAAAGGGACAUGGCUACGCCAUUGCCAGCGUCUACACCAACCCGGCCUACCGCAGGCUGGGCAUGGCUGCCUUCCUCCUUCGCCGCGUCCAGGAGCAGAUGGACCUGGACAGCGACUUCAGCGUCCUGUACAGCGACAUUGGCAGGAGCUACUACUCGAGCCUCGGGUGGCGCGUGUUUCCCAGCUACCAGGUCACUCUCAGCCUAGUGGGCCGCGCCGCGCCGCCAUCACCCACCACUGCCACAUCGUCACCACCGCCGUCGCCGCCUGUCCCCUUCCAGCAUAGCCAGCCGGCGCGGACGCGGCAUCUGAAGCUUGAAGAUCUGCCGGCACUGUGCGAGCAAGACGAGACUUACCUCGCGCAGCAGUUCGCUGCACUCCCGUCGGGCGACGGCAUGACGCACGUAGCCUUCUCGCCGAGCUUUGCGCAGAUCUCCUGGCAGCUCACGCGCGCCGGGUUCAUGGCCGAGCGGCUGUUUGGCGGGAAGGCGGUGCCGAACAAGGGCGCCAUUACCGAGAGCGGCAGGUCGUGGCUGUACUGGCACCACGACUUCCGCGAGCGCAAGUUAAAAGUGCUGCGCAUCGUCUCGCUGCUGGACGAGGCCACCGCCGAGCAGCAGCGCAUCGUCGACAACAAGGUCCUCCUGGAGGCGGCGCUGGCCGAGGCUAGCGCGUGGGGCCUGCCCAGCGUUCUCGUUUGGGACCCAGACGAGCACACCACGCUUGGCUGCAAGGCAGCCGGCAACACGCACCCGGAAGACGUCAAGAUCGUCUUUGACGAGCGCAAGGACAAGAGCGUACCGAGCUUUCGCUGGGCGAGGGGCGAGGACUCGCGACAGACCGUGUGGGAGGACAGUUUCUAUUACUGCUGGUGCUAA